AUGAUAUCAUCAAACACUGCGAUCUAUCUAAGAUGCUGUCUCUUAUUCACCAUUGCAUUCUACAUUUUCAAAGAUGUCACUGUGCUCAUUGAUCAACCAAUGGUUAUACUAGUUGGUCAAGCUAUGGGUGUGGAAAAGGGGUUCAUUAAUGAAAAUAAUAAAGGGUUGUUGGGUGCUCUUGGUGCGUUUUUUAUUUCAUUAGGUGGUAUUGAUCUAUUACAAUUAUUUAUUGAUAAUCAUAAAUAUUUUGAAUCUAUUGUUCCAACUAGAUUAACCAUAUUUUUCGGUAUAAGUGCAUAUUCAUAUUGUGUUAAAACCUCAGCGUUACAUAAUGAUUUGGUAUUUGUUUAUUCAUUCUUGGAAAUUUGGAUCAAUUUCUUAUUGUAUAACGUUUUGAGAGAUGAAAAACACAAGAGAAAUAAAAAAUUUGAACAACAAUUGGAGAAAGAAUUACUACAAGUUCAACAAGGUAACAAACCAAUUGAAGAAGUCAUUGCAAGAGUGGAAAGAACUCAAGAUAUAUAG